AUGCAGGUGACGGGCCACCCAAUACCCGGACCUCUAGCUACCCCUCCACCCGGUCCUCCCAUUGGUCGCCGGCGGCCGGCGCUUCGUGGUCCCACUUUCAGGGACCCGAGCCAGGACCAGGUGCCAGGCCCGAACGGCCCGCUCCUUGCAAGGAUCCCCGUCUUUCCAUUCCUUUGUGGCAUUUCUCCCGUUGCUUUCAGUUUCCUGGUGCGCGGCAAAACGCCGUUUCUGCGGCCGGAACCAACCAGCCAGACCCUGAAUGCUAAGUGA